CUCGUGGGCGAGACGAUGCGGGUGACCGCUGUGCGGACCGCGAGGACCCUUCGACGCGCGCGCAGUGCCUGCACGGUAUCGAGUCUGCGCUGGCUGCCCUUGGCGUGGAGGAGAGUGAAGAGCCAGCGGCAGCGGCCAUCAUGAGAGCGGCUGAGGAGGCGAGAGCACGUGAAGAGGAACUGCACGACAGACUGGACGAGAGUGCAGCGCGCGGACGGGCGCUGGAGUCGAAGCUGAGCGAGCUGACGCAGGCCGCGGACACCCUGCAGCGUGCGCUGGACGGCAGCGUGCUUGCCGUUGGGGACGAGGAGGACGCGAGCGCCGCUGGGGACCGCGCGGUGGAGGCGCUGAAACGCCUGUGCGAGGACUCGGUCACCGCCUCGGCGGUAAUGGGCGGCGCGAUGCAGCGGAAACUGGACGACGCCGAGGCCGAGCCUCUGCUGCAGCAGUGCCGGCAGAUGGCGAGCGACAUGGAGGCGCUGCGCAGGAGCGAGCAGCGCUACCGCGCGCUCGUGGGCGACGACGAUGCGGGUGACCGCUGUGCAGACCGCGAGGACCCUUCGACGCGCGCGCAGUGCCUGCACGGUAUCGAGUCUGCGCUGGCUGCCCUUGGCGUGGAGGAGAGUGAAGAGCCAGCGGCAGCGGCCAUCAUGAGAGCGGCCGAGGAGGCGAGAGCACGUGAAGAGGAACUGCACGACAGACUGGACGAGAGUGCAGCGCGCGGACGGGCGCUGGAGUCGAAGCUGAGCGAGCUGACGCGGGCCGCGGACACCCUGCAGCGUGCGCUGGACGGCAGCGUGCUUGCCGUUGAGGACGAGGAGGACGCGAGCGCCGCUGGGGACCGCGCGGUGGAGGCGCUGAAACGCCUGUGCGAGGACUCGGUCACCGCCUCGGCGGCAAUGGGCGGCGCGAUGCAGCGGAAACUGGACGACGCCGAGGCCGAGCCUCUGCUGCAGCAGUGCCGGCAGAUGGCGAGCGACAUGGAGGCGCUGCGCAGGAGCGAGCAGCGCUACCGCGCGCUCGUGGGCGACGACGAUGCGGGUGACCGCUGUGCGGACCGCGAGGACCCUUCGACGCGCGCGCAGUGCCUGCACGGUAUCGAGUCUGCGCUGGCUGCCCUUGGCGUGGAGGAGAGUGAAGAGCCAGCGGCAGCGGCCAUCAUGAGAGCGGCCGAGGAGGCGAGAGCACGUGAAGAGGAACUGCACGACAGACUGGACGAGAGUGCAGCGCGCGGACGGGCGCUGGAGUCGAAGCUGAGCGAGCUGACGCAGGCCGCGGACACCCUGCAGCGUGCGCUGGACGGCAGCGUGCUUGCCGUUGGGGACGAGGAGGACGCGAGCGCCGCUGGGGACCGCGCGGUGGAGGCGCUGAAACGCCUGUGCGAGGACUCGGUCACCGCCUCGGCGGUAAUGGGCGGCGCGAUGCAGCGGAAACUGGACGACGCCGAGGCCGAGCCUCUGCUGCAGCAGUGCCGGCAGAUGGCGAGCGACAUGGAGGCGCUGCGCAGGAGCGAGCGUUGUUGUGUUGUUAAUUUGUUUAAUCAGCGUGCUCUGGUUUUGAGUUCGUUGUUGGUUUUGGAGGAGUUGGAUGAUCGUAUUUCGUUGUUGUCAGAGUUGUCGUUUUUUCCAAGCAUUUUGUGGAAGAUUUUUGUUUCUAAUUUUUCUUCAGUGUCUGGUAUUUGUGCUUUAUUGCGUUGUGAUGCUGGCAGUAUUGUUCAUCAGGUGGAAGAAUUGUUGGAGUCGCGGGAUUAUUAUUGUCGUCUUGUUGGUGGUGGUGAUUUUAUAUUGGAAACGGAUGAUGAUGAUGUUACCCGUGCGGAAUGUGUUCAUGCUAUAAGACGUGCUGUUUCGCGUCUGGCACCAGCAAUUUUGGACGAUUUAACGCUGCGUCUUCCUGAGAAGCUGCAAGGAGCUGUACAAGGAAUAAUGCGGGAUAUCUCGCAUAUUAGGGCAUCUCUGGAGGAGGCUUUGGAUUCUGCGGGGCGUGCUGAAAAGGAUUUGCAGACUAUUGUGUCGGCGAGUGAACGAGCUUUGCUUAUGUUACGAGGUGUGGAUUCCUCUUCUGAGGCUGUGGAUGGUGUUGUUGUGGCGAGGCCAAGCGUUUCUUUUCUUUCACGCUCCCUUUUGUCUCAGGCUGGGGAAAUAACGGGCAGACUGCGUGAUCUCAAUGAUGUGUGUGUGGAGUGCAACGCGAUUGUGGGGCAGGCGCUUAAACGUGAGUGUGAGCAGCUCCAGGUUGGAGCGGAGGGCUCAUUGUCUUCCACGGCGCCUAUUGAGCCGGAUUUUCUGCUUCUUGUCGAUCAUUGCAGGGAAUUGGUGGCGGAGGUUUUCACACUGCGGGAGCAGCGUCGCUCAAGUCUUGCGGCAAUGGAAAGGAAUGUGGGGGAUCAUGAAGUGUUGUUGGGUGCUGUGCGGGGCUCUGUGAAUGCUUUGUUGUUUGCGCUUGACAAUGCCGCUUCCGUGGCGUCGCAGGGUGAAGAGGAUGGUGACAGCAGUGAAUCUGUGGCUAACUUGUGCGUUAGGUUGGGGUCUUGUACUCGCGCGGUCACUCGUCUUUUGCGAGAAAAGGAGCACGCUGCCUCAGCCUCGGCGAAGUUGCUGCAGGAGGCACUUUUGCCUGAGGAGGAUCGGCGUAGUAGCGACAAUGAUGGUCUCUUUUCUCUUGCGAGCGACGUGGUGCGUGCACUGGAGGCGCGUCGUGUGGAACUGGAUAGUAUGGGGAAAGCCCUUGAGCAGUCACGGCAUUUUGCAGAAGAAUAUCGGCGGCGCAUGGAUAAAAACUUUGCGGAACAGGAUGCCGCGAUGACUGCGCAGGUUCAGACGCACGCGGUGAUGGAAGGGCAGCUGAAGGAGGCGACGGAGCGGCAAUUACAAGCCACAGCCAGCGCGGCUAAACUUCUUCGGGAUUUGUCAGAAUUUGCAGGAAGUGUGGCAGCCAUUACCCUGUACGGCGGCGAUGUGAAGGUGGAUGAGGGGGAAAGAAGUGAAGAUGCGAGAGGUGCCCAUAAGAAGGAUGUGGUCACGUACGAGGUGAGUAGAGAGCGACUUGAAGGGAUUCUGGAGAAUUGCUCCACUGUCAUGCGGACAUUGGAGGCGGCGAAGGCCAAGGCCAAGUCGCUGUCAUCCGAGGCAGAAGACCUGCGCGGAAGGCUGCGGGAAAGUGAAAACACAUCACGUGAGCUGGAGUAUCACUCACGCCACGCCGAGACUAAGGCUGCCGCUCGAGUCGCUGCAAUGACAGAGGAGAUGAAUUUUCUCCGUAAUGCACUGCAAGCGAAGGUGACGGAGUGUGAGAGGAUUCAACAACAAGUACAGGAUACCGAGCGGCGUGUGGAUAGGCUACAGGCGGAGAUGGCAGACAACACCAAGACGUUCGGCAGCGAGCGUGACACUUUAUCAAAGGUGCAUUCUUUGUUGCUUUUAGAGAACGAAGAGAUGCGGCGACAACUGGAGGGGUUGCGGACGGAACAAAAGGAAUUACAGAACUU